AUGUUGGAGUGGUGGGAUCUGUCACACAAAGUGAUCUCCACGUCCAGUAUACAUAAAGAUACCCUUCAAGCAACUGUAAACCAGUGCAACCUUGCCCUGAGGUUUGUUAUACCCUGAAUUUUUAGAAGCAGCACUAUGGUUACUAGUUAAUUUGACUCUUUCUGAGAUUAUUCGAGCUGUUGGCUAGCGAUUCUAGAUUAUUCUCUGGAUUACUCAUCUUGCACUGUCAGAAUUCCGGCGGGCAGCGUCGCCUGGACUCUGUCUACGCUGGUUAACUCUCCCAUACGCGCCAAAUUGCCCAAAUCCCGGGUUUAUUGUAAACUAGUCCAAAACUGCUCAUGUCUGGGGAACAUUUCAAGAUCAGUUUUUGAAAGGCGAGUAGUCCUACGGUGUGGUGUAACUGACUGUGCUUCGGUACACCAGCAAUUUGAUGCAUUGUCAAUUGUGACACUACACUAGUGUCAGGCUUUGCCGGUCAACCUAGCUGCUAGUUACCUACAUGCUCACGGAAUUCCAGGUGGCAGAACUGCUGUCAACGUUGGCUUGUUGCGAAAUAAGCGCGCUCUCGGAUUUGGUGAACGCAAGUUGGGGGCAGCAGCAACGGUGCUACCAAAGCACGAAGGACUGAGGUCUGAGCUUCAUAAAACGACAACCCGAUGGUAGCAUUGUAGUUCGUACACGCCUGUUAUUUCACCUUUCAUCCGCAUACAAAUUAUCACGAGCAAGUUGCUUUGAUUUCUCAAACGUUGACAACCUAGUGGUGCAUACGUGCUGAGAAAGUUUUCGGAUUCACUCAGCGCUCCGUCGUAACUGGGUCAGCGGAUCAGGUCUUGUAGUUGUCUGCCAAGGUGAUUCGAAGUAGGUCCCUGCCAACUCCGGAAAAUGACGGCACUUAGUUGGCGAUGAUAGAAAGCGCUAUUGGGCUGAAAUAGCUACCUCCAUGGAGCAGGCCCCAAACGUUGGACUUUUAUCCCACUCCAGCCUCACUACUCAGCACCUUCGCACCCAGAAAGAAUGGUAUUCUUGCCGAAAUCUGCAAAUCUUAUGUCGACACUGGCGCCUUGGCUCUGUAGGGUGAUUGAGCGACCCUGGAGUAAUGAACUCUUUCCUGUUGACUGUGACUCGGACAUCCCUGUGGCUGUCAUCAAGAAGUAAGAUAAGACAAGGUAGAGAACUACCAAGGCAUAAGCUGUACUUGCCUCGAUGCUAACGUAUUCGCAGGUUUCAUCCUCUGUCGAUUGGAGAUUUUGCGUGACUCGAGGAUAAAGCGGCCAGGCCGGGUUUCGAGCCGGACGUGGAUGCAUAGUCCUGGAAUUCACGCUCUGAUACAUUAUUGAAUUUUCCUAUGGUUGCCAGCAACUGGUGGUCGUCAUCCUUGUUGAUUUCGCCGCAGCGUCGGAUUUCGUUUAUCAUGAGUCCCUGUGGCGGAUAAUAAAACAAUGUGGUAUGCCAGCAAACAUCAUGGUCAUGGCCAAGCCUCUAUCAUUGCGCGAGUUUUGGUUUAUAACAGUCCCUCUUGGCCGCCCGGCAUGGUUGCAUUCUGCAGCCCAUACUGCUCAACAGAACCAUUAACAGGAUUCUCGGAAGGCCCCUACAAGUUUGACAGUGCCCGCUCCAGGCUCCAGCAGACUGGCCUCGACUAUGUUGGCGAUAUCGUCUUACCAGCAUUUACUGUGAGAAUCUGCCGCGGUCUAGUGUUGCUAAAUCAGUUGGCUUGUCCAUGAACGCUAAAAAGGCCAAAGUGCUUUUGACCAGGAGAAAGCGCUCCCUGGGAUUCGCGACUGACGACCUGACGAAUUAGGCAGCCUCAGUUAUCUAGUGCAGGGCUGCUGCUGAAUGAGCAGAGUAUGGGCACCAGCGUCCUCCAAUUCGAUGUUGUUCUUAAGCUUUCCGCAGUCCUUGGGAAGUGUCCGUGGACCCAGUGCGAUAUCCCCACAUAUGCCGAACAUCUGCCCAGUCAGUCAUCCUGCGGGGUUGUGAAUGCUGGGAAGAAAAUCGAAAAUAUAUGACCACCGUUGCCGGAGAUCCAUCUUUUAGGCGAAAUACACCGCCUCGAAUGAGACAUCCCACACUCCCUGCAACAACGUUGCGGGGACCCCUCAGGGCAUCAGAAUGACAACUGAAGUGCUUUGGGCGUUUUUUGUUGUUUGCCACAUACGUACCGCGUUGUUGGACCUAAUCUGGCGCCGUUGGCGACAUGGAGGCGUCGAAGGGGUGGCCGACCAAAAAUUUGGCAUUUCACGGCCUGUCAAGGCAUGAAAGUGGCUCCUGGACUUCCGGUAUCCAGUCUCCAUUGAUGGGAAAGCGAGUGAGUCGAGCUCUCCAAAUCGGCUAUCACACAUUUUCAAACGCGGAGGCACAAUCUACGGCGUCAUCGAUAUCAGGUAGAUUGGAUAUUAUUGCAGCUGCAUUAAGUCUAUUUUCACUAAUCCCGGGUUUCUAUAAGCCGCGGCUGUGCCUGUUUAAUCAAACGCACUAUGCAGUCCGGGGUAUCAGACGCCACUGUGUACAACGUAGAUUAAGUCAUGCUCGGUCAGCAUCUCGUUUGCUUUUGUUAGUUUUGACUUCUAUUGUAUGCAUUAUAUACAGACCAUAUACCGCAACUCACUUUCGGUCUUUCAUUUCAGAGACUAUGUAGUAGAAUUUAUGACACAACUGCACAAGCAAAAUAUCCCAAUUCUGAUAUUUUCUGCUGGCCUCGGGAACGUUAUAGAACUUCUUCUGGAACGUUUCAACUUGUGCUUCGACAACGUUCGAGUAGUUUCCAAUUUCAUGGACUUUAACGACGAGGUACGUCACCGGUGUACCUUAUGGAUAUCCAUUUUUUACUUGCCGACUGGUAUAUCUUUGGUCUUUUAGCCACUAUCUUUUUCUCUAUGAAACUCUGGCAAACCUGAGAUCAGGCCUGCUAUGUGGGAGUCCACUUAACUCUACCGGUCUGGUGAGGGACCAUGUGUUCUUUUAAAUCAACAGGUAGUCCAAUAGAAUCACGCAUUCGGUUACCUCGAUUUUUCUAAGCCACCUCUGGUCCAUAGCAUCACGAGAUUCCGAUCUAUCUAUUCUAGGCAAUUGAUGGAAUUGAGCGUUAGGAACGCGCCUCAGUAAAAUCCGGCGUCUUGCAUGAAAAGCAGUCUUUGUCUAUUAUUUGAACAAAACAAUAUAGUCUUUCAGUUUUUUGACAAGUAAAUGACGGCAGACAGAAGUCUCUCUUGGACAUUAGUUGCUACGUGAAAAUCUUGACAACUGCGCGAGCGAGGGUUCUGCCUCUUCACGUGGAAAGGCGCCGUUAGCUAGUUUUGUCUCCGGCCAGUGACUACCAGUCUGUUUCAAAGGCCACUAUACGACUGAAUUGUCAAAAUUCCUGAUAUCCAGUCGGAUGUUCCCCUUUUCUGGUUUUCCAGCCCGAACCUCAUGGUGUCUCAAACCAGCCUUGGCCGAAAUAUAAGAUUGUAAUGCUGUUCCCACUUACGACCUAUCUACCCUUUAAUGUUGUUGGUCGGAGGCGCUGUGGAAGAUUACGUCGUGUGCGUCUUUACCACACUUUCGAAACAGCGAUUCCCUGAUACUAAUCAGUAGACGCCUGUGGAAUUCUUUGUUGAAGACAAGCGUUUUAAAAUAAAAGGCCUUUUUCAAUCUACUAUUUUAGGGCCUUCUGAUUGGGUUCCAAGAACCUAUAAUACACACUUUCAACAAGACAAUCGCAACCGUCUCUAACAGCGACUACAUCAAGAAGGUUUUGUCCAAGCGUUCAUCCAUCAUUCUGUUGGGCGAUUCCUCGGCCGACCCUUACAUGGCGGACGGUAUCCACGGUGAAAAUGCGGACCCCCAUGUAAAUAUUCUGAAAAUCGGUUACCUUAACGAUAACGUAAGUCAACCAACUUCUCGUAGCCCUGCCUUUGGUUUUUACUCAUAUCCUUUCCAAUGACCUCCAAUUUUGUGCCCCACAACCAUUACUUUGUUUACUUUUGUUUGCUCUUAUAAGUGGGUAAUUACGUUAGUUGCAGCAUUUGCCUAUUGUCGACCGAUGUUCUCCUCGUUGGAGACAUUUUCGCUUAAUAGCAGUGGUCAGACGACAUACAUGUUCAGAUAAGUGAUCUGGAAGUGUGACUUAUUCUACAGUUGUGAAGUGGACUGCUAUACUGCCCUCAUUUCGAAUUGCACAUAAUAUCAGCAACUUGAAGGCUUCUGGUCCUCAACCUUCCCGUGAUCCGGUUUCUAUUCGUUUACCCAGGACAUUGGUCAGAGCUGUUCUUUUCGUUGUCUAUUUGAAAGUAGCUCGAGAUGUGUUUGGACGGAACCAGCCUCUAUUUUUCGCCACCAUAGUCUAACUUGACCUGCUAUUAGUCGCGUAGUACUCUGAAGUAAUCCUACGACUGCAUUGUGGCCGAUAUUAGUAUUAUUUCCGCACGUCCUCGUUAUUACUAACAGUGUGGUAUUUAGGGCCCUGAAGCCUUUCAAGUUUUACUAGUACCGUCAGAUGAAUAACCCGAGCAGCUAUGUCUACUACCAAACUUUCGCAUUUCCAAUGACAUUGUCUUUUUGUCUCGCGUCCUGCUUUGCAAUAAUUAAUUCCUUUAGUACUCAUUUUUGUCCGAGAGCACAAGUUUAGACUUGUAGUUUACCUUGUAUCUUACUCAGAGCAGCUUAGUUCAUUUUAACUAUCAUUGAUUUACUUAUUUUUUUUCUCAAUUUCUUUUUACUAUAGGUCGAAACCCUACUGGAUGCCUACAUGGAUAUUUAUGAUAUAGUCCUGAUAGACGAUGCGACAUUUGAGAUACCGCUUGAGGUGUUGAACUGCAUCGUUCAUUCAGAAUCGCUCGAAGUCUAA